GGAAUUAUUUAGCUUGCUCAGAAAAACAUUGGUCAAGGAAGUCGCCAAGCCAACAGAAUUGAUUACUUUCCAAUACGAAGAUAAAUUACAUGAUGUUUUGGAGAAAUUAAUGUCUUCUGGUAUUGUUUCUGCUCCAGUCAUGAAGGGAAAGGAAUGUAUCGGUUUGGUUGAUAUUCUCGAUAUUUUGGCUUAUUUGGUUGAACUUUUUGGAGAAGCUGAAACAAGACAAGGUAAUGACAUUUUCUCUAGAUUGAAGACUGCUUCUAAAUUCCAAGAUCAACAAAUAGGAGGUAUUACUGACUUUGCUCACAAUCCAUUCACUCCAAUUAGAGAUGAUAAAUCACUCUAUGAUGCUUGUACCUUGUUGGUCAAGGAAAAGUCACACCGUUGUCCAGUUAUUGAUAGCCACGGAAAGAUGGUCAGUAUUUUGACUCAAGCACAAAUUGUCAAUUUCCUUGCUCUUCAUCAAAAACAAAUGGGUGACAUUGCUCAUCAAAAAGUUGGUGCUGCUGAUUUAGGUGUCUCUCCAGUUAUUACUCUUGAAAAACACAAUAGAACUAUUGAUUGUUUCAAAAAGAUGCAACAAAUGAAGGUCAGUGGUUUGGCUGUUGUUGAUGCUACAGGAAUUUUGAUUGGAAACUUAUCAGCAAGAGACAUUAAGGCUAUUAAUCCAUCUAAUCUUUAUCAUUCUCUCCAUCAAGGAGUUCACACCUUUGUCCAACAUAUUCGAGAACAAUCAUAUAAUGAAAGUCAUCCAGCCAUUUCAUGCUCUGAAGAAACUGAACUAGGAUUUGUUAUUGGAAGAUUGGCUGCCAACAGAAUUCACAGAAUGUAUGUUUGUGACAAGCAACUCCAUCCAGUUAAAGUUAUUUCUCUCCGAGACAUUAUUGCCUAUGUCAUGGCUAAUGAAAAUUAAGCUCUAGAUUUUGUACAACAAUAAAUUUAUUAUUUCUCCUGCC